GAAGCUAGUCUUCUCUUGAUUUGCUUAAAAGAUAUAUUUGAACUCCAUGAAAUUAAUAUUAUAAGUGUGAAAAGAAAAGGAUUGAUUAUCUCCAUAAGCUGCUAAGUUUGUCUUUUCGAGAUGCCCUUCCUCUAGAUUAAACUACUCUAAUGGAUUCAAGAAGGGAGGGGCUGAAAGAGUAUUUUAUUCAAAAUAAUAAAAUUAUUGUUCUGACUUGGGCUUCUUGGUGAUCGUAUUAUAAGAGCACUGCUCAAGCUUCUUCCUCGACCAACACCAGAGGCCCGAAAGAUAAGCCAGACAUCCGGAGGGGAAACCCUUUAGAGGAAGCACAAGAGAGCAUUGAACUAAAUGAACUAUGAGCUGGGUUUCUUGAGCUCUUCACACAGUUCAUGCCACAUGUCUUCUUAGACAGCCUUUCUUAUUGUUUGUAGCUGUUGAGGUUUUCAUUAGUGAUUCUUGUUUAGAUUUGUAGAAUAUCCUUCUAAUCAUGCUUGCUAUCAUUGGGCAGAAAGUGGCCUAGAUCUUGUUAGGGGCUUAAGUCAUUCCAUUGUUAGCAUAUUUCUGGAGAUAAGGACCUGUAAGUCUUGUUUAGGUUUUAAUGACUUUGCCUGAAAUGAACUAGUUACUGUUAUUGUGAAGAAGAAAGAAUUUGUGAUUUUUAGAUUCUAGAACCAGAUUAAUGCUGUAUUUUAGCUCUUUAUUGUGGUGCUGUUUUUGAGUCCACUGAGUGAGCCAAUCUUAGUUCAUGCUGCAUACUUUUCUUUAGCUGAGGUGGUUCCAUUUAUAGGUUCCUGUAGUAGGUCUAAACCAUGCAAUUUAGGUUCAUAGAACCCUAGAGUGCUUCUGUUUGAAGGGAUAGGAAAACAUCUCUAGCAUCUCUCUUCAUCUCAAGGUGUUUGCUAACAGCGUUCUGCGAUCAAAGAAGCAGCUAAAGAGUUAUGGAUGAGAGAAGUGAUAUGGACAAGGGAGAUGAAGUGAUGUUGCCAGGUUUUCGAUUUCAUCCUACCGACGAAGAGCUAGUGGGGUUCUAUUUGAAGAGAAAAAUUCAGCAAAAACCUCUCUCCGUUGAGCUUAUCAGGCAACUGGAUAUCUACAAGUUUGAUCCAUGGGAUCUGCCAAAGCUGGCAACUACGGGGGAGAAGGAAUGGUACUUCUACUGUCCGAGGGACAGGAAAUAUAGGAACAGCACCAGGCCAAACAGAGUCACAGGAGCUGGAUUUUGGAAGGCUACAGGAACAGACAGGCCUAUAUACUCCUCAGAGGGAACCAAAUGCAUAGGCCUGAAGAAGUCUUUAGUCUUCUACAAAGGAAGAGCUGCCAAAGGAAUCAAAACUGACUGGAUGAUGCACGAGUUCAGGUUGCCUUCCCUUUCAGAUUCAUCACUGCCCAAGAGGCCUCUGGACAAAAAUAUUCCAGCCAAUGACUCAUGGGCGAUCUGUAGGAUCUUUAAGAAGACUAAUUCUAUGGCACAGAGGGCACUAUCUCAUUCUUGGGUAUCUCCAUUACCCGAGACCAAUGAACAAGAUUUGUUCUCUGCUUCCCAGACUGCACGUGGAACUCAGUUUUGUUCUGAGAAUAUCUCACGCAUGACUGAAGCUGGGUCUGCAAUCCAGUUUGGCUGUAACAAUAGCUUUCAGCAGCAGGCCUGUACUACCAGUUACUCUCCUUUGGAUGUUACCUCCUAUAAGCCCAUAGACCAGAUCAGCUGCAAACCAUCACAGUUCUUUCCUGUUUCAAGUGCAGAGAUGCCCACCAACUUCAUGUUCUCACCAGCUGAAGUGUCAAUGCCAUCCAAGUGCACAGUGGAUGUGGCUGCAAUGCUUCUUAACAUAUCCCCCACAAUACUUGGUGAUGUUGAAAAAGCCUCUGAAAGCAUAGCUUAUGGACAGACGCAGCAGUUUAAUGGAUUCACAGUUGACUUUCCAUUAGACAUGAGCACAAGCUUGGGAAGUGGGGAAGAAGAAAUGUAUGCAAAGAAGACUGCCCAUAUAUGUAAUGUGAACAACAAUCAGUGGGGAGCUGGGAAGACCGUCAGCUUUCCCUUCAGUCUGCAGUCAAAUCUUUCUGAUGAGUGGAAACCCAACUUGGCAUGGGACUCUCCACCGUGCCCCAGUGAGAUGCCGAAGAGUUACUCCACAAACAAAUGCUAUACCUAAUUAGAUGCAGCAUAAAGCGAGUCACCUUCAUCUGUUAGCAUUGCUGUUAGCAUGAAAAAAUUGAGUGUUUAUUAAGUGAUAAUGUACAUCUUCAAAGACAUGUCUGUUAACAGCAAAGCUAACAGAAUGACAAGAAAACUGUGGCUAGAUUUAGUCUUCAAACAAUUAUAUUAAUGUUUGUAUUUUUGAAGUUGAUAUUAUUUUCAUAAUCAUUUUGAGUUUUGAUAAACCAUCUGCCAGUGCCACCAGAUAACAGAGCAACUCAUCAGUAGACUACCAAAAGUGUUUAACUCUUCUUUAUUUUCUUUUUUUUCUAAAAAACUUUUAAUAAUCCAUCAACAUGUAGAACAAAUGGCUUGGUACAACCUCUAAUUCAAGAAGAGAAUUCGAAGCCUGUGCCACUUGAAGUAUGUGCUCAAAGCUUGAAAGCUGUCAAAGAAGUACAGAAAUUAAAUGCCUGAGGCCAGCAUAACAUGCUGAAGUCCACAUGAUGCUUCAUUUGGAUGCAAUGUUGCCAUUAUUUGGUUGCUUCAAUCUCACCUCACAAUAAAAUAUUGCUCCACACUUCUUGAACAGUAAAUUAUCAAGAACUUUAUGGGUAAAAUCCCUGUCAUAUUGUUAGCUCAGCAGCAGGUAACCUCUGUUAUUUUAAUUUUAACCUAAAUGCCAAAUUUGUUUUUCUUUCUGUUUCAUUGCUCUCGGUAACCUUAAGCACAUACCUCUCCAUACUCUGCGACUCCACAGAGAAUGGCUAGGAUAGACAGACAGAUUAUCUAUCUUAAUCAUUGCAAUCAACUGGAAGAUGAGUAUGACUCUUCAGAUAUGGAGGCUAAAAGGAAACUUUCAUCUUAAAUAUUAUACUCCACCCAGGUUCCUUUUUUGUGCCUCCUCCUUUCAUUGAACUUCUAAUCCUCAGAACUUCUUCCCGGUCCCCCAUAUCUGCAGAGAUGUUUGACAGAGAUAUACAAGUCCCAUAAUCAUGAGGAGCUAGCUCAAGAACCUUCUUUGCAAGCAACAAGCAAUGUGCUCCGCACCAGAUAAUCGGGUUCUGUAGGAAUCCUGUCAAUGAAAUCUGUAUCCUCUUUAAGUCUUUCAGAUUGACCAAGUAAAUCAACCAUGAAUGCAUAGUGAUGAGCUUCCGGUCAAAUCCCAUAAUCAGUGCUCAUAGAAUUAAAAUAGCAAAUGUCUUCUUCUAGAAAACCAUCAUGGCUACAGGCUGAUAAAACACUAUCUAGUGUCACAGAGUCGGGUUUUCUUCCUCAUUUCUUCAUCAGCUCGAAGAUUUUCAGAGAUUCUAAACCACUUGGAUGCUGAGCAUAUCCAUCCAUUUGACUAAAUGAGGGUUUUCCAUUUCAUCAAAUACUCUACGAGAAUCAUAAAUGUUGCCAUAGGUUGAGAGCUCUGAAAGAUACAAAGUUAUGGCUGCUUUGAUUGCAUGGGCAUAUAACUGCCUAUCCAAAACCGUCCUUGAUAUGUUAGCACAUACCAAAAGAAUCGAUGGACACAUAAAGUGGUCUAUUUUCAAAACCGGCAAGCACCAUACACUGGAACUGUGACAGUGCCUCAUCACUAAAACCAUUUGUGGCCUACCCUGACACCAAGGAUGACAACGACACCCAUCUGUCCUUUAAAAUUCAUCAAAGACUCCUUGCAGAUACUAGUUUUGCAUUUGGAAUACAUCUACAUGAGAGCACUACCAAUAAGAGUGCCAGCCCAAAAUCCAACACGAAUAGCAUGCCCAUGAAUUUCCUUCCCUUUCAUUAAGUCACAGCGACCAUUGCAAGCUGUAAGAACAGCAGAUAAAGUCAUUUCAUCAGGUUUGAUAGCUUCAAGAAACAUAUCCUUGGAUAACUGAAAAGCCUUAUCUGUAUGACCAUGUCCUGCAAAUCCAGAAAUCAUUUAAUGACCAUGAAACUCUAUCUCUUUCUUGCAUUUGUUUGAAGAACUCAUAACUAUCUUUGAUGCUACCGCAUUUGGAGUACAUGGUGAAGAGUGCACUAUCCACAAGCAUAUCAAGCACUAAGCCAGCUUUUGUGACAUAAAGAAUGUAUUGUCUCCCUAAAUCUAUACGGUCAACAAUGCUAGGAGCAGCAGAGCUGCAUUUUUAUCAGGUUUUUUAGACCUUCCCAAAACAUCUUCUGAAGAUUUAAAUUGGUCUUCUCAAAUUCUGGUUCUGAGCAAGGACAGGGAUCAUAGCUGACCAAGUACCUGGACUUUUUUCACAGUAUCAGUCUCCUCAAACAGUUUUCAGUCAAUUGAAUAUACCCAAUUUUUGCAUAUGUGCUGAUCAAAGCAUCUUUAAGCACAGAAUCCAUAUGCAACCCAGUCUUUAGAAUCAAGAAAUGGAUUUGUAUUUUCUCUUCCGUCAUCAGAGACUUAGCACAGGCAAGGAGUACAAUGGUAAGAUUUAACUUGUUUAUUUCCAUGCCAGUUUGUCGAAUUACUUCAAAAAAUAUCAUAGCAUCAAUAGCCUCCUCCUCCUGAACAAAACAAGAGACAACAGUAGUCCAAGAAACCACGUUGCAAACCAGCGUGCGUGAGAAUUCCUUCACUGCAGCAUCAAUAUCACCACACUUAGCAUAUAGAUCAAUGAUUGCUGUUCCAACAAAGAUGUCAUCUCCAUCAUCCCAUUGAAUGACCAUGCAUACCCACCUCUAAUUCUGCAGCCGCAGCACAAGGCAAUAAAACACCCGAGAAAGUAGGACAAUUUGGUAUAAUAAACUCAUCCACCAUCCGACCAAAAAGUCCAGAGCAAUCAAACUCUCCAUAUCUUGAACUGCCCCAGCAAUGAAAGCAUUCCAACAAAGCCACAUUUGAGCUGGCUUUCUCGGAGAACACACUUAAAGAACCAUUGAAACCAUUACUUUUCGCAAACAAUAUAUCAGCCCAGUACAAACAUAGCCAUUGGAAAGGAACCCGUUUUUCAGGACAAGCGAGUAUAUCUGCUCGCCAAAUUCAAGGUUUUGGGACGCAGGGCAAGCAUAGAUCACACUUCCGUAAGUGAACUGAUUCGGCUUGAAUCCUAACGAAACCAUGUGCCUGAAAGUUCUAAGAGAUUCUUCAAACAGAGAAAUCUGAUUGUAGCAUGAUACAAAGAGGUUCCAUGAUUAGAUAUUUGGGUUUGGGAUUUUGCCGAGCACUUGAAGUGCAUCGAACACAGAACCAGACUUGCGGUGGGCCUCGGCGAGACCGUUGGUGGCCGGAGGUGUUUGAUCGGGAAGGCAGUGCAUUUGUGAUAUGGGUUUCGUUAGUUUUGGCUUUCUGCAUGGCCAUUGAUGGGAAGAAGAGGGCAGACGAAAGCCAGUUUUCUCUUGCAACCAAGGUAAGG